GUUCUCAGUACACCAUGGAUGUAGCAGCGCUUCAAAAAAUGCUAGCGGAUGACACUGUAACAGGGAAAGUGCCUUUAGUAGUAAUAGCAGACGCAGGGACUCCGGUUACUGGACACGUAGACAAUAUCGUAAGAAUUAAAGAACUGUGCAAGGCGCACGAUUGCUGGUUGCAUGUCAGAGGCCAUAAUUUAGCUGCUCUUACUUUGCCCAACCACUCAAGAAACGCACCGGUUACCCCAGUAGCAGAUAGUUUUACUUUAACGAUUGGAAGCUGGCUGGGUAUACCAGGUCUCCCUAAUAUUACCCUGUACAGGCUGUGGGAUCAAACUAAUCCGUUAAGAAGCAAACAAGUUGGCACCUCAAGGGAAAGUACCCUUCCCUUAUUAGCCGGUUUACAUACGGAUCAUCAAAGUAGGCGUAUUAUGACCCUUCCCCUUUGGGCUGCACUCCAAAGCUUAGGGAAGGAAGGAAUAUUGAGCAGAAUUAGGGAAAACUUUUUGGCUAGUGAAAGAUUGUAUGCCGCUUUGGACGUCUUCAGGCACGUUCGAGUUCUGAGUCCUAAACCAGGUGGUGAAAGCGGGGCCUAUACUAUUACCGAAUUAAUAUCCAAGCCUGCUAGUAUAUCGAUGUUAUUAGAGUCGACUGCGUGCUGCGUGGUGUUUCAGUUUAUACCAGAAUUGGCAGAAAAUGAAGUUCUCACCAAAGUGCCUGUUUACUAUGAUAAGUUGAAUUCAUGGUUGGGUCAAGUGCUGCAAUUGGAUGCUCCCCAG